UCUCAACCGAGCUCAUCUCAUCUCUACUCUGCUCCGCAUCAGCUCAAGAAGCUAGCUACAAGGUCAGGCAGAUACUGCAAUGGCGUCGGCAGCGAAGGCGUCGUGGAUGGCGGCCAUGAGCGUGGGCGCGGUGGAGUCGCUCAAGGACCAGGUGGGCCUCUGCCGCUGGAACUACGCGCUACGCUCGGUGCACCGCGCCGCCAGGGCCAGCAUCGGCGGUGGCGCGGGGAGACUGACUCCGACGGCGGUGGAGAGGCGGAGGGCCAAGGAGGCCGAGGAGGGGCUCCGCACAGUGAUGUACCUCAGCUGCUGGGGCCCCAAUUGAGCCAGCUAAUCAUGCUAAUUAGUUGCUACUAGGAGAGCUUGUUUGUAUAAAUUGUAGGGAAUUAAGAGCCUUGGCUAAUCCUAGCGAUACCAGGAUCUUGGCUCUCUGUACAUGCUGUUGCUGAUGACGAUGAAAACUUUUUGCCUUUUUGUGACCUGAAAAAUACUUGAUCCAUGUCUGAAAUUAUCUUGCGUACUACUACUAGCAUGGUGUGUGAUGUGUUACAAGAACAGAGCUGUGUAUCAAGGCAAUGGCCAAUCACUGUGUGCUUCCUCGAUCACACACACCAGGGAGCUCAGCUGAGGCGUCAAUCACCAAACCAACUGGAGCAGUAAGAGAUGUU